AUGGAAGAAAAAAUCAAUACAGAUUCUAAAGAACAUGCUGUUGAAAUUUUACAACAAUUAAAUGAAUAUCGUAAAACUGGACGUCAUUGUAAUUUCAUGAUUAAAGCUGGAUCUGAGGAACUUCCUGUUCAUAAGAAUAUUGUGUCGGCAAGUUCCGAUUAUUUUAAAGCAAUGUUAUCUCAUGAAAAUGUUGAAACAAAAUCUGGUGUCGUUGAAAUAAAGGAAUUUGAUGAAGUUUGUGUUAAAAAAUGUGUUGAUUUCAUUUACACUGGGGAUGCUUAUGUUGCCAAAGAAAAACGAGAAACACUCAUGGGUGUUGCUCACAUGAUGCAGCUGCAAAGACUUUGUGAUAGUAUUGCAAUUUUUUUGGAAGAUGAUCUUGAUUCUAGAUCGUUUUAUCAAACUAAAAAAAUUGCAAAUAGGUACGACUGUAAACAACUUGAGGAAAAAUGCAAUCAAUUUGCAUUGCAAUGUUUUAUAGAAAUUGCCCAGUCUGAUGAGUUUAUGGAUCUUGAUGAAAAAUUCAUUUCAUUUCUGAUGGAAUCAAAGGAAACAAAAGCAAAAGAAGAAGUGAAAUGUAAGAUGUUGUUGGCAUGGACCAAACAUGAUAUUGAUGAAAGAAAAGAAUGUUUUCUUAGUUUGGUGAUGAAAUUUCAGUUGACAAAAAUGACUUUGUCAUAUAGAAGAUUUCUUGUUGCAAAUGAGCCAUUGAUAUUUGAAUCUGCCAAAUCGCUUCAGUUAUUGACUUUGUCAGUUUUUGACAGUACUGGAAAUUUUAGCGAAAAAGAUGUCAAUUUAACAAACAAUAAACAGCUUGUUGUUUUUGAUCAAACUUCUCAAAGAAUGCAUUCUCAUGAUAUUGAUGAUAAAACAUGGAAACCGAUGCAAACUAUAGAAAACGCAAUUAUACAGAAUUUAUAUUCUGCUGUAGUGAUGGAAUCUUACAUUUAUGUGAUUUGUACGAAUGGAUCGUUUUACAGACUUGAAUAUGCUGAAUCAAAUGCAAAGUGGGAACAAAUGACAAAUCCAAAUCUUCAGUAUGCAUGUGUAGUUGCACUUGAUGGUUUUGUUUAUGGUAUUGAGUAUGGAAGUUUCUCAAACAUUAUGGAAAUAUAUGAUCCAUCAAAUAAUAGAUGGACCAGACUAACAAACAAAUCAUUGAUCCUAGCUUGUGAAUCUUUGGUGGCUGCUGAUGGAAAGGUGUUUUGUUUUGCUGGACAAUCUAAGCAGCAAUAUCAAGCAACAAACCAAGUUGAGAUUUAUGAUCCUGUCACAUCAACUUGGUCAAUGGAUAAUAGAUCAUUGAAUGAAGCAAGAUAUUGUGCUUCUGCAACUGUCACAGAGGAAGGAAUAUAUGUUAUGGGAGGUUGUAAUGUUUAUGGAACAUCAACUACUGUUGAAUUUCGUUCAUCUGUAACUAAAACCUGGAUGAUGUUGAAACCAAUGAAAAAUGCUAGAUCAGAGUUUAGAAGUUGUGUGAUUGAUGGGAAAGUUUAUGUCAUAGGUGGAAAUCAAAAUUCUGCAAAUAUAGAAGAAUAUGAUCCUGAAACAAAAGAAUGGGAAAUCAUUGAAACCAUUCAAGGAAAAAAUGUAACUCCACUGGCUACUGUUGCAUUAUUUAUGUAACAUUGACUGUUCCCAUCAGUUGUUAUACCUUUGUGGCAUCAUUUAUUCUUAUUAUUCAUCAACUAAAAUUGAGUAGUAGUAAAAAUAAACCUCUGUUGUUGAUUUGAUCAUGAACGUGGAUGAAUAACCAAAUUUCUAUUUCAGCUGCAUUUCACCAGUUAUCGAGCAUAACCAUGGCCAAGAAAUUUGACUUCGAAGAGUUGAUUUAAAUUCAUUAUGCGAUUUAAAUUCAUUAUGCUUAAAGUAGUAUCUAUCUAAUUUUCUAUUAAUUUUUUUUUACCAAAUAAGUUCAUUAUUUCGAAUACAUUCGAAAUUAUUAUUUUCGAAUAUGAAAUUUCGAAUACAUGCAAAAAUAAAUUUAAGUAAAAAAGCAUAUUUUAGGGCAUGAAGGAAUCUGCAUACAAUAAACAAUGGAAUAACUGUUAUCUACAACCUGUCUAUUUACCAGACAUUUUAUGUCCACCGAUUGCCCGAU